AUGAUUUUAAAAAUUCUGCUGCUACUACUCCUCGUUGAGGCAAAUCAUGGCAUUAGGACCUCGAACUAUAACGAUGGCGAGUGCUCCUACAUCGAAAAAAUUCGUCUGAUGCGCAUCUGCAAGGCGACCGUCUCGAAGAGAAUUGCAGGUCUUUAUGGGGAUAUAAGAGCACCCUCGGGCACUCCCUAUAGCCUUUGGGUCGUGCCGAAUGAGACGGACAUGAUCCUCGCCUCCUUUCAUACUUCACCAAUGCUGAACCGCAAAUACAUCGAGAUCAUUAAGUACAAAAUCGAUGUCGAUUUGAAGCACUCUGAUCUGCACUGCCUGGCAGAUUACAACGUCUAUAAUAGCCACCUAUUGGCCCAUUGCAAGCGAAAGAAGUUCGUCCAUGGAACAAUUUGCACCAGGCCAGUCCUCCACUACGCCAGGGAGGGUCCAAAAAGGGAAGAUUCGGACUCAGCGUUCCGUUUCCGCGGAGAUUGGCUGCCGCCGCUCCUGCUAACAAUCCUUCUCAUCCGAGUGUGGGCCAUCAUUGGUAUUGUCCAUUGA